AUGUCUUCCUUUCGUGGCACUUUUUCGAAGUUGGGCGUGCACGUUAUGGAGUCGACGAGUUUGUCAUGCUUCGAUAUUUCUACGGAAACGCUCAACAAAUUAAGGGAGUCUGGCGUCGAUAGUUUAUACAAGGUACAAUCGGAGACGUACUCACACAUAAAGAAUGGUGAUGACGUCAUUACACUUGCAAAAACUGGCUCAGGCAAAACCCUUGCGUUUUCGAUCCCAAUUAUUGAACUCAUUCAGUCUGAUAAUACCCAACGUAAAUAUGGUCGACUCCCCUGCGCUAUUAUUCUUGCACCCACCAGGGAACUGGUUACACAAACAGCAACAGUUUUAUCUUCUAUUGCCUCUAAAAAGCUUAUCGUCCUUUCUGUCUACGGAGGCGUACCUUACCAAAUGCAAAUUAAAGCUCUCAGAGCCGGCACUGACAUCAUUGUUGGCACUCCUGGACGCAUAAUUGACUUGAUGUCGAGUAACCAACUUAAAUUGGACGACAUUCGUUACGUUGUUCUUGACGAAGUUGAUAGAAUGCUAGAUAUGGGUUUCAGUGCAGAUGUCGAAAAGAUUCUUUCUUCUCUCUAUGCCUCAGAAAAAAAACCUCAGACCUUACUUUUUUCGGCUACUUUGCCUGAAUGGGUUUCUGAUAUCUGUACAAAGUACGUUUCGCCGAAAUGUAAGCGCAUAACCCUCGUCAGUGAAGAGGAGUCACGAACAUCAGAUACAGUGGAGCAUAUGGCCAUACUCUGUCCAUAUUACGAACGCGCUAACGCCAUCGCUGACACUAUCCGUGUCUAUUCACGAGGAUCGUCGUCGAGAUGCAUUGUAUUUUGUGAAACAAAAAAAGAGGCGGAUGAGCUUGCAGCCCAUAACGCAAUGGCUAACGACUGUCACGUUUUCCAUGGUGACGUCCCACAAGAUAAACGGGAAUUCAUACUUCAGAAAUUUCGUGAAGGCAAAUACAAGACAUUGAUGACGACCAACGUGGCGGCUCGCGGUUUAGAUAUCCCUGAUGUUGAAUUGGUCAUCCAGUGCGCUCCGCCGUCCACUGCUGAGGAUUACAUUCAUCGGUCCGGGCGAACUGGUCGCGCGGGUCGUAAUGGCAUCAGCAUUUGCUUUUAUACAAUGAAACAGCGCCACCAACUUUCAUACAUUGAGCGUGGUGCCGGUAUCACUUUUAAGCGCAUUUCAGUUCCAUCAGCAGGUGAUAUAGUCGAAGUUUGGGCCUCGGAAUUGUCAGAGGCGUUUGCUGAGAUUCCAGAAACCACGUGGUCGACGUUCCUUCCGGCCGCUCGCAGCUUAGUUGAUUCGUUAGUUCCAGAGGUACCGAGCAAUGCCACACCAGCACCCAUGAAGAAGUCCAAAAAGAGUAAGAAGGCAGCCAAACAGGAGGCGGAUGAUGACGCUGGUGCAGAGGAGCACAACGGUAGUGAAAGCUCCCUGAUUCGCGUAUACGAGCGAGUAUUAUGCUGCGCGUUGGCCAAAAUAGCAGGAAAGAUGAAGACCCUCGAGAAUCGAUCCGUGUUGUCAGCUCACGCAGGUCUAACUGCUUACCGUCUGAACAUCCCAGCACACAUGACCGCUCAUCGAAAAGGUCUCUGCUAUUCUCUUCUUGGCAGAUACCUUGGGCCAGCCAUCACCGACACCAUUCGUAAUUUGGCCCUCAUUAAAGGAAGAAAGGGGUUUGUGUUCGACGUCCCCGAGGAUCAAAAUGACGCAAUUGAUGCAAACUGGGUAAAUGAUGAUGAUGGUGUGGUUCUCGAAAAACUCACCGAAAUUCCAGAACUAGAACCCGAGAAUGACGAAGUAAACGGUGCAAGUGGUUUCAGAUUCAACGGUUCCCCGGGUUUUCGAGGUCGCGGCGGUGGCGGCGGCCGUGGCAACAGGGGUUUUCGAGGCGGCCGUGGCCGUGGGUCGGCCAGAGGCGGCAAUUUUCGGGGCGGCGGACUCAAGCGCUCCAUCAGUUCACCCAACAUGUCCCAGCGGCCUGUCAAAGUCCAUAAAUUUGAAUAG